AUGUUGGAACCUCUCGCUGCGACCGUGCUCACCUCCGUCCUCCCAUACCGUCCUUUCGCGACCCACUUCCUUGCCUCUCGGUCUGCUGUUGGCAUGGCUGUGAGAAACGCGAAACCCGCGCUGCCACACGACUUUUUCACGCCGCAUCCGUCAGGCGUCAAGGGCAAGGGCAGGGCUCUGCCGGAGGACGAGCACGGUCUCUGCAGCAGCAAUCUAGACGAGGAGGAGUGCAGGAGUAGCGCGGUUUUUAGAGGGCUAGAGAGGGCUGCUCCAUCCUCUCCAAGAACUCUCUCCACCCGCCAGCGAACGCGUCGGACGCCCGGUCAUAAAUGCCUGGCCUCUGGGAGCGGGACCCACGUACCUUCCAUGCGGACGUGGUCAAGGCAGGUCCACAUAGCCCAGCGACGGCAUGCGUCAAAUCAGCCAGCUGCCACUCUGUCUGAACACCCUGGCGCGGCCCCGCAUCAAGUCCAAGCCUGGUUAAAGACCUACGAGGACGUUUCGCAGGGCUCUCGGUCCAUUACCCCCGAAGACGCAUGGCAGGCUUAUGAAUCGCUCACCCGCACCGGGGGCACUCGUACACCUACCUCUGCCGACCUUGCCUUCCUGGCGAAUGUUGCGCUCUCCGUCACGCGAGCCCAUCCGGACGAUUUGUCUACCGACAUCCUGAAGCACUGGGGCAAGCGGCUACGAGACGUGCUCCAUCACAUCGAUCCUGGCAUCGGGAACAUGCCCAACAACGUCGUUAAGGUGCGGUGGAAUGCUCUCCUUGCUGUGGCUUCUGGGAUGCUGGGGGAGAUCGAUGAAGCGGCGGAUACUCUGGCCUCGCUAUACCGGCAACAGCCUACCAACCCGGACUUCAAGCAGACGCUUCGGUCCCAACUGUUGGAGGCGUACACCGUCUUUCUGCCUACGAUAUAUCUGUAUCUCGGGCCUCACGCUGUUGCUGGCUCUCUCGUUGAGCAUCCAUGGCUACAGGAGUACCUCACCGGUCCUCCACGACGAAUAUUGAGGUUCGAAGCUGCCGAGAACUUCGUUCGGGUCGCCAUCUCUUUGCUGUCUCACAUAGAGAAUCCCGCUCCCUACCUCGAAGAGUCCUCGGCAGUGUUGACAAAAUCACAGUCUACCUCGUUGGGCAUCCUACUCAUCCGUGCCACGUCACAAGCUGGACGAGAUCCUUCCCCAAUCCUCCAGGCCCUGGACAGGAAGUCCGUCAUACUUCCACCCUGGUCCGUCUUCACCGUCGUGAAGGAGCUGGCGAGAGCGGGCUCUUUCGACGCUGCUCUCAACUUGCUGAAUCCGUUCGCUGAGGAGGAGUCCACUGCGAAGUAUGGAAAAGGUCAGCGGCGAGCCUACCACGCGACCGCACUCUUCGUGGCUGCACGACAAGGAGACAUUGAAACGGCGGACCACCACUGGAACCUCCUUGCGCAGGCCGGGGGAGCGGGGUCCGACGACAAAGCGACCUACAUGCACGCGUACGCCGUCACAGGGAACCCUGAGCGCGUCGUGGAACUCUUCGACGAGCUCUUCCCUCCAGCAGUCAAACUUGGCCAAGCACAAUAUCGUCCUAAUAUCGUACACUAUACUACCGUCAUCUUCGCCUUCUCGCAGGUCGGCGAUCUCGACGGCGUUAAUCACUGGCUAGGGGAGCUCUCUCGGGCAGGCUUUCACCCGGACCUCCACGUCUACAGUAUAAUUCUCCAAAGCUUUGCCUCCCGCGGGGACGUAGAGUCCAUGACCUCCCUACUCGACCAGAUGCGCGAAUCCGGCGUCGCACUCACUGCUGUCCUCUACACCACUCUCAUCACCACUCUCGCCGAUAGACAGGACCCGGUCGCGGCAGAACGCGUAUACAAGCGCGCCAUGUCCGAAGGCAUCGCUCCAGACCGCAAGAUGAUCACCUCCGUUAUGAACGCCCAUGUCGAGGCGGGCUCAUGGCAGGGCGUCAUCCGCGCCUUCGACUACCUCAACACCGUCGGCCGCCCGGGUGCCGCGGUCACCAUCGAGGUCCUCAACACGCUCAUGAAGGCUUACGUCCUCAUCGGUGCUCCGUUCCGCAUCGUCGCCAACGUCUUCCGUCAGCUCGAAGCCGCUAACGCUCGCCCGGACGGGCGGACGUUCGCCCUCCUGAUUCAGUCAGCGUGCGACUCCGGAUUCAUGGACAUCGCAGAGGACCUGUUUCUGGAGAUGGAGCGCCUUGCUACGGAGGAGGGGCAAAUCGCUCUGCGGCCCAACAUCUAUGUCCUGACCAUCCUGCUGCGGGGCUACCUACUUUCCGGACGACGGCUGAAGGCCAAGGAGGUGCUCGACCGCAUAAAGGCGCGGGGGAUACAGCCUACUGCGAUCACGUACGGUUCCAUCCUGAAGGCGUAUGGCGGGCAAAAUAUUGCGGCAGGCACGACCGUCGCGGAGGAGUUUCUCCAGUCGCUCAUAAGCAAAGAUGACGGCCGGCCUUGGUUGCAGCUAGAGCGUGGGCGUCGGCUGGCCCUCGAACUGGUCUACCGCCCUCUCCUCAACGCGUACGUGACAAGGGAGAACGCCUUCGAUUCCGAGCGCAUCCACCGGGAAAUGACGGAGGCGGGCGGAGAACCGACUCUCGGGACGCUGACGGCCCUGCUCGACGUCCACCGACGCACGGGCAACAUCGAGGGCGUCAAGACCAUCUGGCCCGAAAUCCAUCGCCUCGGGAUCGAGUACGCUCGGCUGAAUUCCCUCCUUUCCCUAGAAGAGCCCUCGCCGCCCAACCUCAGCGGCCACGGCGUCGUGCUGUGCAUCCCGGUCUCGAUCUAUAUCGACGCGCUCUCGGUUGCCGGCGAUCACGCCGGCGUUGCGCAAAUGUGGAAGACGCUCAAGGACGAGGGCUUGCAGUUCGACUCGCACAACUGGAACCAUCUAGUGGCCGCGCUCGUCCGCGCGGGCGAGCCGCACCGCGCGUUCGACGUCGUCGAGAACGUCAUCCUCAGGUACCAAGCCCAGAUACGGCGGGAGUACGGCCGCGAGCGUGAAGUGCGCCCGACGUCACCUCUUACGCUUGACCUGCCGCCGCCCGAGGAGGGCGACCUACCUCCACCGCGGUCGGAGGCGCCGCUACACAGCGCCGCUAAACGCACUUCCGCGGCCGAGCGGGCGACGAAGCGGCUGCAGCACCGGCAAGGCCUGGAGGAUGGCAGGGGGUCGGAGGACUUCGCGCACCCGCUGCAUGUGCUCCAGCAGCUCUCGCCGCUGUGGAACACUUGGCGGCCGCAUGGCGCGACGUUGACGCUGCUUGGCCGCGUUCUCGACCACCUCCGGGCGGGCAAGCUCGUGCAGCCGGUGCAGCCCGGUCUGGACGCGCACUUCGCACAGGCGGCGCUCGACGCGGAGGAGAUUCGGCGGAGGACCGAGGCGGCGGGGCAGGUGCUGGGCGGGAUCUACGACGCGUUCCCCCGGACGGUACAGCUAAUACGCGAGUACGAGAUCAUGAAGCGCACGGCGCAGCGCGGCACAACAGAUGAUAGUUUCUGA